CGUCGGUGUAGCACAACGCAAACAGAGGUGCUGCACAACGCAAACAGAGGUCGCUGUAGCACAACACAAACAGAAGUUGCAUGCACAACGCAAACAGAAGUUGGUUGCACGCAGUUGCAGGUAAUUGCAUGCUCUCAUGACGCAUGCUCUAGCCGGCAGACCUUGCAGUACACAGUGGACAACGUUGAGCUUCUGUUCGGCCUCAAAUAAUGGCUGCACAGAUUGUGGGUCUGGCAACAACGUUUCAACGUCAUGUAGCCGACAUUGAAAGAUCUCCUAGCACGUGUGACUCUGAAAGCUUGUGGUCGAUUGAGUGUCGCGCCGAAUCUCUUUUAGCAAACGUCUGCCGCGCCCAAAAUAUUCUUGGAAGAGAAGGCGAAGCAUUGUUUCUCCAUUGCCAGCGACUGGUGCGCGCAAUACAAGAGAGAACAAGGACAGAAACUAGGGAACAUCCAUCCACUACAGGAUUUCGUGUGGAAAGAGGUAGAAUUUCUUGGUGAAGAAGCCAUAGACACUGGAAGUGUCAGAAGAGAAUUGUGGAGGCUACUUGGUAGAAAUGCCCGCUGUUCACUGUUUACUGGGAGUCACAACCGUUGCAUUUCUACCCACAGCGUUCAGCAUCUUCGACAUGAAUAUUAUCGGAAAUUUGGAAUGCUGAUGUCUAUGGCAGUAAUACAAGACGGAAUAGGCUUUCCUUUCUUUGCACCUUGUGCGUAUGAAUAUCUUUGCGGAAAGGCAGCCACAGAAAUUAGGCCAGAAAUAAGCGACAUUCCCGACGAAGAUUUUCGCACGUUAGCUCUUCAGUGCUUCCUCAAACAAUUUUAUCUCAGGUAUCUCAAGCAACUGACAGUCUCAGUCCUGUGUACAGCGACGAUAAAACAAUUUAAAAACUUGUGAAGGUGGGAUAUACCAAGCCUGUCAGCCAUAGCCACCAAGAAGAGAUACUCCAUUCUAUCGCUGUCCACCAUUGCCUAUUAACCAUCAAAGCUGAACUUGAUCAGCUGCGCGAUGGACUUCGCACACUUGGCCUUCUACAAUCUCUAGAACGGUAUCCGUCUUUGUUUGAGACGCUGUUUAUUGCCAAGAACACUUCUUCCAUGACGGCUGUUACCAUUAAGAGGAUUUUGAAACAGAAAGAGUUCUCUGAAAAGGGAUCUCUAUCACGCUUACACGAAGAGUCAACAUACAUGAACUUCUGUCGUUAUCUAGAAGAUGUUGAAGGUGGAGCAGUGGAAGAAACGUUAUGCGAUCUGUUGGCGUUUUUCACGGCGUGUGAAAUGGUGCCAGUGAUGGGGUUCGAUCCAGAACCGACUUUGUGCUUUAAUGAACACGACAUUUUUCCAACGGCAUUAACGUGUGCCCACCAACUGGUUCUCCCAACUCGGUAUCAUGACGACGAACAAAAGUUUAAGGCAGCCAUGAGCACGGGCUUACAGUUCUACGGUGGAUAUGGGAAAAAGUAAAUUAGCCCUCUAGAGCUUCUCUUUAUGGCCGCUGACUAUAUUGAGCAGGUUGAUUAGUUUUAAGUGUUUUGAAGCCCUAGCUUAACUUUAUAAACAAGAGUUGGCAAUAAAAAGUUGUUUUUCUGCUAGACUAAGAGACAAAAUAGAUUAGUUCGAUUGCUGUUGUGAACGUAUUUACAAACUGGACUUGUUUUGCGAUUCAAACUGUUCUUGUUUAGUUAAAUAACUGUAAUAACAAAACUCAGCGCUUGCUUUCUAAAUUUUCGCUGUAAUGUAUGCCUUUAGAAUUUAUGACCGUACGGUGUAUGGUCCGUAAGGUCACAUUCAAUUUCUAAAUCUUCUAAAAUGGCUGGAUAUUGAC